GGAGCGGCGCGGAGCGGCCGCCGGGGGCGGAGCGGCGGCGGCCGGGAGCGCAGCCGGGGACCGGCGGCCAGCUGCCGCGGAGGUGAUGCUGCGGCCGGAGGGACCGCGGGCGGGGGCUGAGGAGAGCGGGGCUCGGCGGCUCGCCCGCUGCCUGACCCCUCCGCCUGGGGAAGAGGUGAAAGAAAUGGAGGAGACGAUUGAAGAACUGUUGCGAAGGCUGGACGAGUUCUGCGGGAUAACGGACGCGAUUAGAAGUGAUACAUCAGAGAUCCUGGAUGAGACCAUUCCACUCAUUAAAGACAAGGUGAUGGAAAUGAACCACAUCUAUGCCAAAGUUGAUAAAUUAGAGGCAUUUGUCAAAAUGGUUGCACACCAUGUUUCCUUCCUAGAAGAGCAAGUGCUUGAAGCAGAGAAGAGCCAUGGCACCUUUCUUAAUACAGUUUGCAAAUUAUUUCAGUGUGCAACUAUCUCGUCAUUUAAAAACAAACAGCCUCCAUCAGCAGCACGCCCCUAUGACCUGCCAAAACUCUACCGAACUGAAGACUUUUUUCCUAUGAACUAUGUAGGUACUAAGUAUCAAAGUAAUUAAUUUUUGACUACAAAAGGUUUUUAGGAAAGGCUGCCUGACUUUAUUCUUACAGUUCAUACUUUAUGAUAUUAGGAAGAAGCAACUGUUAUAUUUCAGAUCUUUGCUUAGCAUCUCUAAGGGAAGCUAAAAUUCUCUGAUCAUAUUGUAGUGAUAUGGAGGCUGGAACAUUUAUUCUCAUAUCUGAUCACAGUAGUUUGCACUUACUUGAUAAGCUUCCUACAUCAAUGAAGAAAAUGUACAAAACCUCACUUUGUUUACCUUCGCAUUUUUAUACUUAAAAUGUUCAGAAGGUUGAAGAGUGCACUAGUACAGCAUGUUAAAACUGUCAAGUAGUGUGCUAAUAUUGCCAGCUUCACAAAUGCACAAAUGUUCAGAUUUUACAAGAGAAUGUGAAGUCAAUGUCAAAAUUUUAAAAUUCAAUAAACUGCACAUGUCUGAAGCUUCCAGCACUCUAUUUCAAACUAGGAAUAGGGGUUUACAAGCUGUUGUGUAAUAUAAUUUGAAUGGUAUAAAUAAACUUUCUGCAAAGCUGUUACGAA